GCGUCGUUUUUCGACGAAGUAACAUCUGAUAUUCUAAAGCGUCGGUCCGAAGCUAUAAAAUACUUCAUAUGGUAUUUAACUGGGCCGACUGAAAGUGAUCACAGAAUUUGUAGAAUGCGAGUUUUCCUUGAUGUAUUCUUCGGUAUUCCUGUGCGACCACAAGGUCAGGAAUUCAAUUUCAACAGUCUACUUUUCAAGGCAAUGGUAAAAAAACUUGGAUACUAUUUGGUUGAUCAUGAGGAUAAGGAUUUCAAGAAUUUUGAAGAAAUUUUUCGAAUAGGUAUUAACACCUUCGGGAAGAUAGGAGCUCAAGUUAUUCCGAUAUUAGUUCGAUGUUCUCCACCAAAUCGAGAUGUAGAGUUGAAUGUUCGGCCGUUUAUGACAAUUCAAUACUUGCUGCAUUUCAUGUUUUCGAAUUCAUAUCUGUAUUCUUACAAUGGAUGGUGUCAUCAUCCCAAUAAAAGGUUUGCUACCAAAUCUGUACUUUCAUUCAAUGGCAUCGUACUUUCUCCCCAGAUGACAAUUUAUGAGGUAAUCAGGAAAUAUGCCAUUAUUGGUAACGUUUUGGGUGCUUCCAAUCAAAAAUAUGUAUUCCUUUAUCGACAAUAUGAAGCGCCUCUCCCGUCGAAUGAAGAAAAUAAUCUAGACCUCAUUGAAGAGUUUAUGAAACCAACAUAUGUGUUGGAAAAUUAUCUGCAACCUAGAUCAUCAGAAUGCGAAGAAUUGAGGGAAGAGGUUAAAAAUGCUCUGCACCUCUCCAAUAUACUAUAUGGCAUCAACAAACAUUGGACCUCAGCUUACCAACAUAUUCAACAUCAGAAUGUCUUGAUUGAUCCUGAAUAUUUCACGAAUGAGCAUUUGACAAAUAGUGUGUUCAACCGUUUGUUAGAUCCCUUUGCAGCCUUAAUUGGCAAAUAUCCUCCUUGGAUCAAAUACAUAGUCGACAAUUGCCCAUUCGUUUUCCCCCUGAGAAUGAGAACAUUUGUGUUCAAAGUUCUGAGCUUGGACAGAAUCAGAGCGUUGGUCAAUAUUAUAGGGAAAUACAGUAAAUAUCGUUCAGCGGUUUAUAUCUACGAACGACAUACUUGGCCAUUGAUGGUUGAUAGAAAUAAUUUGGUGAACGAUGUGAAAGAGUAUAUGCUGCAUACGAGCCCCUCUAGUUUUUGGAAUGUAACCUUCAAAAAUGAAAUAGGUGCAGGUAAAGGUUUAAAAAAAGAACUCUUCAAUUCGAUCGGUAAGGAACUGCAAAAAGACAAAUAUAACAUUUGGACUUCCACCGAAGAAACCCUAAAUGGAUUCGUUCAGUUCAACGAAGGGUUAUAUCCUAAACUGGACUUCUGCUCCCAUCUUGACUUCUACGACGAGAGCUCUUCUAAUGGGGCUGAUUUAUUUAUCACCAUUGGUGCACUUUUGGCGAAGGCUUUAAUGGAAUGGAAUUUAUUAGAAUUGCCAUUAGCAACCCCAAUAUUUAAAUACUUGCUGAAUAAACAAUGUCUAAAUUUCGAUGAUCUGAAAUAUGUGCAUCCUGCAGUCCACAAGGUAUUGGGAUAUAUAAGACAAUUGAUUACAGAACGUGAGAAAAUUUUAGACGACAACGAACUGACAGAUUCCGAAAAGUCAUCUUUAAUAAAGGAUCUGACUAUAAAUGGAGAUAGCCUUGAAUCUUAUAACCUGAACUUCGUUUUGCCGGGUCAUGAAGGAAUUGAAUUGAUCCCUGAUGGAGCGAAUACAUCAGUUGACAUCAUGAAUGCUCAUGUCUAUGUAGAUGCUAUCAUGAAGAAAUUGUUCGUUGGCGUACAGAAACAGAUGAGCGCCUUGAAGUGGGGGUUUGAUCACGUAAUAAAAUUAAGUAAACUCAACAUGUUCGAGCCAGAAGAAUUACAACACAUCAUUUUUGGAGAGGAAGAUGACUCUUCGUAUUGGUCUUACGAAAAUUUGAUAAAAUACGUGCAAUUAGAAGAUUGCACCGUAGAUGAUAUUGAAAUACAAGACCUUUUCGGUAUAUUAUCAUCUGCCAAGAAAGAAACGAGAAGAAACUUCUUGGAAUUCGUGAGUGGCUGUUCGCGUUUGCCAAUGGGUGGUUUUGCAGUAUUAAGUCCACCAUUGACGAUUUACAUUUAUGAAGGUUAUCCUGCGGCGCACACUUGUUCGCGCCGGUUUAAUUUGAAACGAGGUAUGGUCCAUUGUGAAUUGAAGAAAUUCAUCGAGGACAUAAUUCCUGAAUCGCUUAACUACUUUGGCUUGGUCUAAUGUUGAUAGCGCUAACAUGGAAGAAGUACGCAUAUAUAUGACUUCAACCCUUGUGGUCAGAGAAAAUAUAUUAACCAAACAAGGAAUACUUUUUAAGGAAAUAUUGUUGCGAAAAGUAUUUUAAAAUCCAUUUGUCGGCAGUGUGAUUAUGCCCAAAUUUAUUUAUUUUAUUAUAUUUUACUAUGUAUGGUUAUUUUAUUAACUAUUUAACAAUAGUUUUUCGAUAUUUAUGUUAUAAAGGGUGUUUUUUUUUAGAGCUAUAGAACUUUGAAUUGCAAUGAACCAACGAUGGAUUAUUCGAUUGACAUGAAUUUUAUUUAUCGCAAGAUAAUCUUGUGGCAUUAUAUUU